AUGGGAACUCAUAUUUCCAAAGUGAAAUCAAUAUCGUUAGAUUCAUGGACGCCAGAACAGAUAGAGAACAUGCGACAAUGGGGAAAUUUGAAAGCUAAUGCAAAAUGGAAUCCACAUCCAGAAUUACAUCCGGUGCCGUUUAAUACAUCCGAUAGUCCAUCUCCUUCAUCGAUAACGCCACCUAAACGUAAACCAAUUGAUUCUUCACCGAAAUAUGUGGAUCGAGGAAUUAAUGAAAAUGCGUUACGUCAACUUAAGGAUAUGGGUUUUACUGAUACUGCUAAAAAUCGAGAAGUUUUAUCUACAACAAAUGGAGAUCUCAACUCUGCAAUUGAAAUAUUAUGCCGUCUAUCUAAUGGAAAGCCAGCUUCCAAAGAACAAACACCCAAAAAACAGACUCAUUCCUCCACAGACUCACUCGCAUCUAGCGAUGAUAAGUUAGUCCGAUUAUGGAAUAUGGGAUUUCAUGAUGAAGCCAAAAAUCGAGAUGCCCUUCGACGUAGUGGUGGUAAUAUAGAGGUUGCUGCUGCAUUACUUAUUGAAUCCCGUACAUCUGCAACAACAGAAAAUACCAAUUUUGUUACCAAGUCUCAGCCAGAGCAAUCCAAGUUACAAUUGACACAAAGUCAAUCACUUAUAGAUUCAACACCUUCGCCUCAGAUUUCCACACAAUCGCAAAAUCUUGUAGAUCUUUUGGGUGGGUUUGGUCAGCCAGUUCAGGAGCCAGGUUUGGAUUAUCAUUAUUAUUGCGGUAUUUCUGGUAAUUGUCUGACAAUCAAUUCUAACGGUUCAUUUAAUUUAUGA